UUUCGCCUCCCAUUUCGUGAGUCAGUCGUGAUUUGUUCGUUCUACUGACCGGUUUGUGGCACAGAGUGAUUUCUAAACGCAAGAAAGGGCACAACUCCAAAGUGCUUGUCGGUAACCAAAAAAGUGCUAAUUAUCUUACGGUUCUCAAGAAGUAGGAAAAAACCCAAACUUUUAACAUUUUCAUAAAGAUUAAAAAAUCUUGAAAUUAUAUCUUUAAAUCAACAAACUUUUGUGAAUGUACCCCUCGAAACGUGGUCUUUGGUGGAUGGAACCGGGUUCAAAAUCGCCGACAAACGGCUAACAGUGGUCCCAAGUUCGGUACUUGAACUGAGUGUCGGUGGUAAAUCCCAAACCUCUUGAAGCCAACAAAGACGUAGGAUUGCGUCAUAUUCGGCGGGCGAUUUGUGGACGACAGAAAAAAAGCUCAUCAGAAGCUGCCCAGACAGAGGGAAGAUAAUUACUCGAGCCCUAUAACUAUUGCGCCAGCGCUCUGUACAGUUGGACAAGUUAAGACCAGAGCUGCCAGCAUGCUCAACAAGGAAACGGGCGAGCUGGAGCUGGACCCGUUCCAGGACGGGACGCUGUACCACGACCGGGAAACCGGCGAGAACAGUUCGUACCCGACGUACGAGCUGCGCCGCGAGCGGUCCAAGUUCUCCAUCCCAAAGCAGUACCUGCGCAGCGGAGAAGUGUUGCCAUCGUCGUCCGGGCACCAGUACCGCCGCAAGCCCGCGUGCUGCGUGGCCAAGGUCAACGCCAGCUACCCGCUGGCCAGCCGCGAGAAGAUGAUGCACCUGAAGGAGGAAAUUAUCCUCGGCUACAACAAGACCAGCUAUCUGCUUUUGCUGAUUCCGCCGCUGUUCGUCAUGCCCAAGCUCGCCAUCAUCCUGAUCCUGCUGAGCGAAGUUCUGCUGCACCGGUGGGCUCACGCCAAGAACGACCGCAAUCGCAGCCCGGACAUCUACUACCGGUCGCCGCUGCACAUCGUGUCGAUUCAGUUCUGCGGCAUGUGUCGCCACGAGCGCCAGAUGGACCGGAUCGUGCAGCUGCAAGACAAGCGGAUGAGGCAGAUGCAGAACUACUUCCGCAAAGUUACGCGGAAUAUCGCUUAGAAGCGGGGGUUUUCCCCCCUAUUUGUGUACGAUUGAAGUCGUAGCGCCGUGGAAUCGGAAGUUGAAUAAAACCAUCAAUUGUCAAAA